GAAAGAGUCCUACUAGAGGCUAUCCGGGAGAUGGACAUUCGAAUAGGCCAUCUAACGUCCAUGGUGGAAAGCCUGGUGCAGGGUGGACACAGAGGUCAGCCACAGCAAGAGGAUGACUGCCUCCAAAUUCCCCUCAUGGACACAGAGGCCCUUGACAGCUUUGAGGAGCAUCUCCAAAGCUCUGAAAAUAGGAAAAAGAUGAUCAAUGUACUGUCCCAGAGUGGAGGGCAGACCAUCAAAAAGACUGUCUGGAGAAUCGCCCAAAAAAUGUUUGCCAAUGGCUUGGCUAAACAGCUGAACUGGUGUGGCCGAGGAGAAAAGAGGGGCCUGAAAGCCUCAAGGUGUGCGUCAGUAGUUAUUGGGGCUGCCAUGAGAAACCCCAUGGUGCAUGCCACUGAGGCCGAGGCUGAGAAGUGUCUCAAAGAUUUUUUAAGAUUGGCAUCCGGACGGAAAUAGCCUAAUCCUCCAAUUUCCAACGAUGAGCCUAUAUUUAAUAAACAUUUGAUAUGUAA